GCAGACGACGCGAAGCUGGAAGAGCUGGCUCACCGGCCGGUGAGGAAGGAAGAGGGGACGGGUAAUCGAAGAAGGGAGGAACCCGGGAUGCUCGGAGAUGACGCGCGCCUAAUCUCAUGUUGGCAUGGCCAUCCUCGGGGCGUCCAUCCCCUUUCUGCAGUGGUUUGCAUGGCAUCGAUCGUUCUUCUUUCCGGUCUUCCGCAUCUGGGGUUGCGGCGUCUGUUGUAUUCGGGUGUCUUUUUCUGCUGUGCUCUUCUUCUUUGCGGGGACUUUCCUGGACCCUGUGUGUAUUACUGGGUUUGUGCUAUAUUGUUGUACAUAUACAUCUAUUUUCCAUCCGCUUGGUUUACAGCGUCGUCUCAGACCCCUUGUUCCACGCGCAAAAGUAAGCUCAUGCAUGGCACCCUCUCUCGGGGGUGAUGAAUUUACAGGUGCAGCCAGCCGCAGCCGCAGCCGCGAGUUACUCUUGAGAGAGAGAGAGAGAGAGAGAGAGAGAGAGAGAGAGAGAGAGGCAUGGAAACAAAUGUCCACAAUAAUGUUUCUAUUACCAAACUAUCAUUACGCACUGUCUGUCUUCUGUAGACAGAAAAUAGAGGAAAGAAAUACACAGAAAAGAGAAGAAAGAAGAAGAAAGAAGAAGAAGAGAUCAAAUGAAAGCUUUUAUGGAAAGUAAAGGAAGCAAGGGAACAGAACAACUGCCCAAUUCCAGCGGGGAACAGAAAGCCAGGAAAUAGUCGCCGAAAAAAAUUAAAAGUCAAAUGAAGAGAACCAAAAUGAG